AUGGACAGCACAGGCACCUUAGCUGAAUUAUAUGGUUCUGUGAAACUAUCAAUUAAGAACCAAGGAACAUUAGAUUUUGAGGAAUUCCAAAACAUACAUCGGAAUUUCAUUAAGCUAUCCGAACUGAUAGAAUCAUCUGAUCUAUAUUCCGAGAAUGACAAAUUGUCGGAACUUGCAACUUCAACCUUAAAGUACCUCCUUAUCCCUUACGAACAUGCCAAGUUUUUAGAUUCUCAUGCGGUGUCGUCGCAACUAGGUCCUAGUGCACAACCCCAAAGAAGAAACAAAUUACGAUUACUAGUUUUAGAGAUUGUUGAGGGCAUAAUUUGGAAGUUCUUGUCCCUUUUAGUUUUGAAGUUGGAUAUAUUUGAAAACUGCGAAGCUGAGACAGCCAAGCUCUUUGUGAAAUGGGUUAGAAAUUACGCCAACCUUAGGGAGCGUGAGAUUGCCGAGAAUGGGGUGAAGGGGUAUGUGAAGUUGGAUGAAUUCGAGAGAGUGCAGUACAGUGAUGGACCAAUGGCCAGACGUGAGAUGAAGAUUUCCAAGUGGAAACAGGAGAAGGAGUUAAGUGAGAAGGUGAAGAUCAUCGAGGACGAGGACACGUUCAAGAGGCUCGAUGCGCAAGUUGUUCGUAAAGUGAGGAUGGACCAGCUCCAGCUAGCAGUUAUCGAUUCGAUAAGCUUGCUAGAGAACUACUCGAUGGAGAGGGAGAUGUUAUCCAGCAUGGUUGGCAGGAUCGAGGAGCUCGAUGACAUAGAAAUCGAAGGUUCCCAAUUGAAGAGGGUUAAUGAGAAUAGCGAUUCUAGAAUGGACGCCCAGAAGGACAAUCGGUUUGACAAGGGGUACACAGAUAAGCUCGAGCGAUUGGACGUCACCAAGGAUGAUCUCAUAAGCAAGGAGGGUAAGAUUUUGAGGCCUUUUACUAUUGUUGGUUCUGACGAACAGCGUAAGAAUCUACAGAGCAAGGUCAUGGGCACAGGCCAGGUGCUUCCAUCUAUGACAGUGGAGGAGCUCGUUGACUACGAACUGGCAAAUGGUGGUAUGGUGAAGCCGCAAGACAAGGUUCCUGAAAUAGACGAGGAUGACGAAGCCUAUCAAGACAAGGAGACCUAUCGGUUGCGUGAUUGGGACAACUUUACUGAUUCCCACAAAAAGGGAAGUGGUAACAAGAUGGGUAAUCUAGGUUAG